UGUCUGAGCGCCCGAGUGCUUUGAAAGUCUGGCUCGGAGGUACCGUGAAAAACAAUACUCGCAAAAUGCCCAAUAAAGCGAAAAAAGAAAAGGAAUCGGCGAAAUCUGCAAAAAGCAGCACCAAAAACAGUAACGUGAGCGGUGGAAAAGAUGCUGGAACUGAAAAUUCAGAUGAGGCACAGCAGCAGACGGCCAGCAAGCGUCCUAGCAACAGCACUCCACCUCCAACUCAGCUCAACAAAAUCAAGUACUCGGGUGGUCCGCAGAUCGUCAAGAAGGAGCGUAGACAGAGCUCCUCUCGCUUUAACCUUAGCAAGAACCGCGAGCUACAGAAGCUCCCUGCACUCAAAGAUGCCCCACCCAUCGACAGAGAGGAGCUGUUUGUCCAGAAGCUGCGCCAGUGCUGUGUGCUCUUUGACUUCGUUACAGACCCUCUCAGUGAUCUUAAGUACAAGGAGGUGAAGCGUGCUGGCCUUAACGAGAUGGUGGAGUACAUCACACACAACCGCGAUGUAGUUACUGAGUCCAUCUACCCUGAGGCUGUCAUCAUGUUUUCAGUAAACCUGUUCAGGACACUGCCUCCUUCUUCCAAUCCCACGGGGGCAGAGUUUGACCCUGAGGAGGAUGAGCCUACACUGGAGGCAGCUUGGCCCCACCUACAGCUGGUAUAUGAAUUCUUUUUACGAUUCCUGGAGUCACCUGACUUCCAGCCUAAUAUUGCCAAAAAAUACAUUGACCAAAAGUUUGUGUUGUCUCUCCUGGAGCUGUUUGACAGUGAAGACCCCAGAGAGCGGGACUUCUUAAAGACCAUCCUGCACAGGAUCUAUGGCAAGUUCCUGGGACUUAGAGCCUACAUCCGUCGUCAGAUCAACAACAUAUUCUAUAGGUUUAUAUAUGAAACAGAGCAUCACAAUGGGAUUGCAGAGCUCUUAGAAAUCUUAGGAAGUAUAAUUAACGGCUUUGCCCUGCCACUGAAAGAGGAGCACAAAAUGUUCCUGAUCCGGGUGCUGCUGCCUCUACACAAAGUCAAGUCCCUCAGUGUCUAUCAUCCUCAGCUGGCAUACUGUGUUGUACAGUUUUUGGAAAAAGACAGCAGUCUCACUGAACCAGUCAUAAUGGGUCUCUUGAAGUUCUGGCCCAAGACCCACAGUCCCAAAGAAGUGAUGUUCCUUAAUGAGUUGGAGGAGAUCCUGGAUGUCAUUGAGCCAUCAGAAUUUGUCAAAGUUAUGGAGCCUCUGUUUAGACAGCUGGCUAAGUGUGUAUCAAGUCCACACUUCCAGGUUGCUGAGAGGGCACUGUAUUACUGGAACAAUGAAUAUAUCAUGAGCCUGAUUAGUGACAAUGCUGCGAAGAUCCUCCCCAUCAUGUUUCCUGCCCUGUAUAAGAACUCCAAGAGCCACUGGAACAAGACAAUCCAUGGGCUUAUUUACAAUGCUCUGAAGCUCUUUAUGGAGAUGAACCAAAAACUGUUUGAUGACUGCACUCAACAAUACAAAGCUGAGAAACAAAAAGAGAAAUACAAACUGAAGGAAAGGGAAGAAAUCUGGCACAAAAUUGAAGAGCUUGCAAAACAGAAUCCUCAGAUUACAAAGGUUCAUCCUGGUCUCCGACCAGGUCUGCCACAAGAUGAGUAUAUGAUGUAUAAUGAGAGUCCUGGGAUGACUCACUAUUCCAUGGAGACAGAGACCCCCACCACUGAGGACAUCCAACUGCUGAAGAAGACUGUGGAGUCUGAGGCUUCACAGGGGAUGAAGGAGAUAAAAAAGGACAAGGUGCUGAUGCGACGGAAGUCUGAGCUGCCACAGGACGUGUACACUAUAAAGGCCCUGGAGGCCCAUAAGCGGGCAGAGGAAUACCUGACGGCCAAUCAGGAAGCUCUCUGACCGGGAAACACCACCACCCUUCACCUGCACCACGCCUAAACUGUCCCUCUCGUCUUUGUCCAGAAAUGUCGCCUGCUGUAACCUCCCUUCCUCUCCUCUCUUUGCCUCUGCCUCUUUCCUUCCUCAAUUCCUCUGGAGGACCCUUUCUGCAGGAUCCUGGUCAACAUAGAAAAUAAUGGGGAGCUCCUAUGACCUCCAUUUCUUUUACACACAAACACAUGCACAUGAACCUCCACACACAGACCAGCACGCAUUCCAGUGUGCACACAGCCACAACUAAUGAUCAUGCAGAUUGUAUUUGAAUUGUGCUAGCACUGUUUUUAAUGUUAAACUGAUUACUUUUCCACUUAAUCAUAGCAUGUUUCCAUUUUUUUACUACACACUUUUUUUUCUAAAUUUGAUUUUCCUCACCUACUAUAUCUUGUCUUUGUCUUUUUCAGUUGUGUUGCAUUUUCAGGAUUCUCUCCAUUGGCUGUGUAGAUUCCUCCACUGGCUCAGUCAAUGGUCUCUGUUAUCCAAAAGAUAACAAGGACUUUGAUGGGGACACUGAGCAUGCAUUCAUUUUCCUGCAUGAGCUAGGUUUAGGGACUCUUAGGUGUGUGCAGGCCUGUCACUCUCUUUUAACAAUUAAUCAUGUUGCCUUUCUCUUGUGGGACUGUGUGAAGCAUAUGAAUGUAAGGAAUCUAUCAAACCGUGCCACAAGCUUUGCUGUUGUUUUCGUGAUCUGCAGAGACAUAGCAAGCGCUGGGUUCCAAGCUCUUCAUAUUACUUGGUGUCAUAAUGGUGAAAGUUUUACCUUGAAUAUGGUUGCUUAAAAAUUGCAAUAAAGGUUCCUCAAGACAAAGCAUCAUGCUUCUCUCUUGCACAUCAGAAGCAAUUUCAGAGACUUGUCACCAGUUGAAUGACACAACAUAAUGUAACAGAAUUAGGCGUUCAUGAGAUCCAUAUGCUGUAUCGGAAGUGUAUUGGGGUCUAGUUCUGCAAACCUUGCUGUCUAAGAUUCAGAACAUCACUUGAGGCAUCCUGAUGGAUGGCUGCUAUGAUUUUACUUAGACCCAUGGUUACAUUUAUACCAGACCUGUCAUCACAGGAUAUAAGGAUAAAUCCAUUUCCUGUCUUGCUGGUGAUCUGUUUAUGAACUUAGAACCUAAGAAUGUAAGGUGCUUAAUGAAAUCGAUGACCUCUUAAAUCAACACCAGCAGAUUAUUCCAUGCUUCAUGAUCAUUCUGCAGAAGAAUAAUGUUGUUUUUCAAUGUCCUGUCCCUCAGAAAAACAUGAAUUUGCUGAUUGUCUCCAUGGUUCCAUAACAUGCGUUUGCAUAUUUGUAAUGUUUAGUGAAUUUAUAACUAAUUGUCAAGAAAUAGUAAGGCAACUCUUUUGAUAUCACAGGCCCACCUUUCUAAUGUCUUAUUUUGUCCCAUGUUUUUGUAUUUUUUUUAUAUUAAAAGGAAGGCUCCCCUAUUUUUGAAUCAUGUGGAAUGGGAAAAGUGAAGUGCAAGUGUAGGAAAUCACUUCUCAUCUCUGCUCUCACCGACACCUUGUUUAACAUUUUAAUAAUUAUACAUUUUUAAGCACCUAAGCAAUAUAUAUAUAAUUAUUAUUUAAUUUUUAUUAUUUUUUAGAGAGACAGGAAAAAAAAGAAUUUGAAAUGUCAAGGACAGAGCUCUAUACAAUCCUCUUACUAGGACUAUAAAAAGAAAGGCUUACUUUACUUUCCAUGCUAGUUAAAUGGGAACCAGAUAGCCUGCAGUAACUUUUGCAAAUAUUUGUAUAUUGUAAUGUAUAUUGCUUAUGGUUGCACCGUUACUCGUCAUAACCCAAAUGAUUCUCCCUCCACCCUUUUGCUUUGAUUUUAUUUCCUUAUGUUGCUUCCACCUGCUGCACAAUGCCCCAUUGCUAUAAAAUUGUGUCAAUCACUCUGAUCAUUCCAAGAAAAUGUUCACACCAUACGUAUGCAGCUGGACAAUGCAGCGCUUGCCUGAUCCUUGCUUGGCUACAAGGUUGACUUAUCACAAGUGAUGUAAACUUUUGACAAUGUGUAAGCAAUCAAUGAGUUGGUGUGGGAAAAGGCUGUGCAUCUACCACAGUAGUUUAGCACAAAUCUUCAAAAUACAUUCUGGAGUUAUCACCUGAGCAAUUAAACAGUUGGAUAAGCCGGUAGCAUCAAGUGCAAGAAUUGGCAUUUUACAGCUUUGCUGGGUCCUAAGUGAUGCUAGCUCGCUCUAUGGACUGGGCAAGUGGUUGUUGUCUGGCAGCAAAACACUGGAGAGGGAAAAGAAAAGUAUGGGUCUCUCCACACUCACCCUUCCGUUCCCCUGUUCCAAGCCCUCUUUCCUAAGUCUUAACACUAAUCUUAAGCUGCUUUCCAGGUCAUAUGUACAUAUGUUGUACUUUAAUUAGGUAGUUACAUUACAUAGUAUGAAAGUCAUAUUUUGUACAGAUGUUCAUGUAUGUACAGAACAAAAAUAAAGUCAAAGAUAAAAGACUGAGCUUGUGAGUGUAUGGGGUACUACACGAAGGUCUACAUGCACUGCAUACGGAUCACUUAUAAGUUGCAGUAAUUACUUAGUCACAUGAAAGGGACGUUAUUUGUCCUUGGUGAAAGACAUUUAAAUUGUAUGACAAUUUUCAACUAUAUUUAAUUUGUUGAAAAAACUAUUUUAAAGCCUAACAGAAAAAAAAAUAAUACCUUACUGAGAUGAAUAACUGGUAUGGUAUGUAAAAGUGUAUUGAAAUAUGGAGUUUUCACAAGUGGGUAGUGUCUGCAAACCCUAGCAACUUCAUUUGGUGCAGUCAUUCAAGAAAUAAAUUCAUGCAGGAAAAGUUAGGUUACUCUUAAGCUAUGUGACAUCUGGACAGCAAAGUGUAUUAACCUUCUACUCCAUCCUAGAACCAGCACACUGCUUCCAAACAAAAAAUCAAUCUCAAUAUACAUAUACAUUUUGGAAAAAAA